UCAAGCUUGAUGCCACCACAAUGGAUGCAGAAGUGCGCCCAACGCGCGUCACUCAGCCUCGCCGGAGGCACCUGUAUCAGAAGCACUCUGAGAUUCCAUCCCCCAUCUCAUCACAUCCACACUAGCCAUGGAGCAACCAGGAUACGACCAGCUCUGCACACCCACCUGAGGCAGACACUCCGUCGGAGUACGCGCCAACAAUCAUGCAGUCUCUUCACCGACGCCAUUCCUCCUAUCUUAGUGCCUCCUCUCAUCUUCACCGGGCUACUUCUCUCCCUCUGGGCCUGGAAAUGCUUCUGGAUUGUCGUGAUGCAAGAAAAGCUCCUCUACCUCACCUGGCUGCCGCCGUUUGCCCGCUCCGAAAAGAUAGCGGACUAUCAGGCGGAAUGCAAACCAGUGGUCUGGGAAGGGCAUCAAAUUCGAAGUCGCGACGGCACUAAGUUAUCCAUCUGCGAAGGACACAUUCCUACCAAGAACCGUAACCUACCCGUCAGGAGCAGCAAUGAACAGCCAGAAACCCAAGCUAGAAGAAAGCUAGUAGUAAUCUGCUACUUCCAAGGCAACGGCGGCUCAACCCCCAUGCGCUUACCACUUCUCUCCCAAAUCCUGCGGGCCAUCCACGCAGCACCCCAAUCAUCCCCUACAGACACAUCCUACAUUAUAGCCGCUCUAUCCUACCGCGGCUUCUGGACCUCAUCCGGCCGCCCCACCCAACACGGCAUCGAACUCGACACUCAAGCCUUUCUCGACUGGGUUGCCGAGACCUACAGCACUCCGGACACCAAUCUCCAGAUCAUCCUCUGGGGCCAUAGUCUCGGCUCCUCCAUUGCAACCACCGGUCUCGCUACAUAUCUAGCUCGUCCUCGUGAUAAUGUGUCAGUGGCAUCCAUUUCCGGUGUGAUCCUCGAGGCACCCGCGUCAAGCGUCAAGGAUAUGUUAAUCAGUUUGUAUCCGCAAAAGUGGCUCCCGUAUCGGUAUCUCUGGCCAUUUUUGCGCAGUCAUUGGGAUAGUUCCCUUGCUGUGGAGCGGAUGGCGCAAUGGAGGGAUGGGAGGGUGGCUUCUGGCCAUGAGGAUGAGGUGGGGAUGGGUUCGGAGAGGCUGUCUCUUCCCCCGGUGCUUAUUUUGUCGGCGGAGAAGGAUGAGGUGGUUCCGGCACAUGCAGCGGAUGAGUUGGAACGGGUUGGUAGACGUUUAGGGUUGGUUGUGACACGGAAGCAUGUCGCUGGGGCUUUGCAUACGGAAGCACCGGUUAAGGCGGAUGGGAGGAAGGCGAUGGUGGAUUUUUUGUUUCAGUGUACAUGUUCUGCACCUGCAUCCGACAAAGAGCGUCCACAAGGUUAAUGUCCGAAUAGUUUGUCGUUACCUAUUUUAUCGGAUCCGGGCAAUACCAUCCAGACCGGUUAAAU